UUAAACUUCUUUCCAUCCUUCCUUCCUUCCUUCAGCUCCCAUCCCAAAGCUUUUAGCUGAGCUUAGCUCUCCCUUCACCUGCAGAUCCCACCGCCGCCGAUGGAACCUCCGCUCCCGGUGGCGCCGCCAGCCGCCUCUUCCUCCCCCAAGCUCCGCCUAAUGUGCAGCUACGGCGGCCACAUCGCCCACCGCCCCCACACCAAGUCCCUCUUCUACUCCGGCGGCGACACCCGCAUCAUCUCCAUCCCCGCUGCCGGCGCCGCCACUCUCUCCUCCUUCACCGCCGCCGUCUCCUCCGCGCUCUCCGUACCUGGCCCCUUCACCCUCAAGUACCAGCUCCCCGGCCACGACCUCGACUCCCUGAUCUCCAUCUCCUCCUCCGACGACCUCCUCAUCCUGCUUGACGAGCUCCCCCGCCUCCCGCCCCCCUCCCGCAUCAGGCUCUUCCUCUUCUCCCCGAAGCCAGCUCACCCCGAGUCCCGCCAAGCAGAGCUGACUAAGUCCGUGCUGUGCCACCCCAAAACCGAGACUUGGUUCAUUGACGCGCUCAAUAGCGCGAGGAUGAUGCAGAAGGCUGAGAACUGCGCGGCGGGUUUCGGCCAAAAUGAGUGCUUGAGCGGCGGCGGGAUGAUUUCCGGGGCCGAGUCCAUUGUGUUGGAGACGAACUCGUCAUUCGGGUCAACAUCUUCUUCGGUUUCCCUGACGAAUUUGCCCUCCGGCAGGCCUCAGGACGAGGACAGUGGGACUAAUUUUCCGGAAAAUCAAGCUAGAUUGCCAGUACCAGAUCCAGCACCAAGCGAUAACUGGGGGAUGAAUGCUGUUCCUCACCCACACAGCGGGAUAUAUCAUGAACAAGUUGUUAAAGCCGCGGCCUUUGAGAACAGAGCUGCUCUGUCAACAGCUCUUGAUCCCGAAAAUAAUACCGCCCCUUUCCCGUCUUUCGCUUCCUCCCACCAAACAGUCCCACUUUCAGGUUUUCCAGUACAGCCGUUUCCUCACCUUGUUCCCACAGGCACCAUGUACUUGUCGCAACGGCAACACUCUGUUUGUCUACUUCCUGUCCCAUCAACCCAACCUGUGUAUCAUCUGCAGCCUCCGCUCUAUCAUCCUCCAAACCCUCCGCAUCCACUCUACGUCUUGCCCUCUAACCCGACCGUUACUCAACCUUACGGCUUGCCGGUCCAGUGCGGGCUAGCAGGACCCACUGGUCACCCGCAUUCUGCAAUUUCUCCGAUGCCUUCUUCACAGGAGGUCACUGAAUCUUCUAAUCCUGGACCUCAGUGUACACAACAGCAUGCUGGUCUUCAUCAAGGGCAGCAAAUAGUUCAUCCUGUAGAUUUCGAUCAGCGGGAGUGUUCGAGCCCAAAGGAUGAGUUCGAUGAUGAUCCAGCUCGGCUCCAAAUAUACAAAUCUCAGCCUCCGCUUCCAACUUUGCCCUCCCAAUACCAAACAAUGACGAAAGCUACGACUCUAUUGUUGUCAGAAGCUUUAGCCCAGCUUCACACUGAUGGGGUCAGGCAACCGAUAAAACCUUCACAACCAUAGUAAGGUAUCCAAAUAGAAAAAGCUAAUGUUUCAAUGUAAUUGUUCCUGUUGUUUUGUUCUCUCAAUUCGAAGGAAGUGAGGAUGAUGUUUCGUUCGUAUUUUAAUGUAUCACCUCUCCCUGUUUAGGUGUUCGAUUUUAUUUAAUGCAAAAAGCUUUGUGACUCUUGCCCAAACUCAGACCAGUGCACAACAGAGUUUGCCAUCUCUAACUUUACUUGAUUCCCCAUUGUUUCAUUCAAUGGCGAAGGGAGAAAUAAAUGAUGAACUCUUGUUUAGGAAA